UCUAACGAUUUCUCCUCUCCUUCCUUUUCAGUGGCAGCCGCACUCAACCUCAGCAAAGCGCCCGAAACGUACGACAGCUACUCGUUCAACUUGGCGGACAAAUACAAACUGGUGGCCCAGGAUGAGCUGCGGGAGGAGGACGACAUCCGGGAAAAUGCCCUGAAGCAGUUCCGCGAGUGGAUCGCCAAACACCCACUGAUCAAAUCCUGCCGUACGGAUGCUCCAUUUUUGCUGCGUUUCUUGCGAACGAAGAAGUUCAGCAUCCCAGCUGCAACGGAAAUGUUGGAAAAGUACCUUUCGAUAAGACAAAUUUACCCGAAUUGGUUCCACAAGUUGGACAUUAACGAUCCGGAUUUGGAAGCGAUCAUCGACAGUGGCUAUCUGUUUGCGUUGCCGGAACGUGAUGAGCGUGGUAGGAAGAUUGUGUUCUCCAGUGCCGGAAAAUUUGACACCAGCCGAUUCACAGCUGCCCAACUGAUUCGAGUCCACUCUUUGGUCGUGGAAUCGUUGCUGGACGAAGAAGAAUCUCAAAUUGCCGGAUAUGUCCACAUCAUUGACGAUUCGGAUCUCUCGAUGGCCUUCCUGGGGAUUUGGUCUUUCGCCGAUAUCAAAAGCUUAGCUCACUGCGUCCAGAACUCCCUGCCGAUGCGUCAGAAGGAAAACCAUUUCGUGAAUCUUCCCCCAUUCGCAAACAAGCUUUCGGAGUUCAUCCUUUCGGUACUUUCCGAUAAGCUGAAGGAUCGUGUCUUCGUCCACAAGACCAUGGAUGAUCUGAAAACUAAGGUCAAUCCCAAGUAUUUGCCCAAAGAGUAUGGUGGCAGUGUUUCGAUGGCCGAUUGCAUUGCCCAGUUCAAAGCCUUCGUCAAGGCCAAGCGGGAUCAGCUGGUCGCCCUAGACGAUAUGCAGAUCGAAAUCACCAAAAGCUCGGCCUUCUGGCAGGACACAACCGAUGCUGAUAUCGCAGCCGGUGUUAUCGGUAGCUUCCGGAAGCUCGAGGUCGACUAAAAAACCACACUCGUGCUUCUAGAACCCCCAUUUCAGUGAUUCUCAUCUUCAUCCAGUCUCAUUCUCAAAAAUAUCUAACCCAACUCCUUCCGGAUAAAAUAAAAAAAAAACAUUCCUAUAAGUUACUUGUUUGAAGAUUUUAAUCUUAGUAGUUAGUUCAAAGCUAUAUAGUACUUUGCAGAGCAAAUUGGUAACUUUUUAUGUUUAAUCUUAGAACACUUUUACUGUUAAUCCCUCUAUAUAACGUUACAUGUUAAAAACGAAAGCAGGAAACCGAAGAUUUCAGCAUCCUCUUUCGCCAAACUGGUGGAAUAAAGUUACCAAAACUCAAUUAUUAUCACGUAUGAUAUUAGAAAAAAAAACGUUCCCAUUUCAUUUACCCAUGAAAAGAAACCGUCGUCGUUUAUCCUUGCUACCCUAUAAUUCUAAUUAUAAAAAUGCAAAAAAUCAACCUGGUGCUCCUCGGGAUAAAACUAUUAAAAAUAGUCGAGAAGCUGUGAUUGUUGUUUGCAAGGAAUCUCCAAACAAACCCCUGUGUCUUUGUUUAUUCCUAAUUGAAAUUCUUAACUGUUCUAUUUAUUCUUACAAAUGUAUUGCGUUGAAAAAAUGCAAGACAAAAAAUGUAUGCUACAAAUAUAGUAAAAGGUUUCGAAAAAUUGUUGUCCAGAGUCUAUCAAGUUUUAGUUGAAAGUUGAUAAUAAAAAAAAC